UGCAAUCUGGUACUAAUGAAUUUCAGAGGAAAGAGAUGGAGAAUUACCUCUUCCCUCAGAAAUGCAUUACUAGUUGGCUGAGCUCCAGUGCCUCUUCCUGGGCACUUAACAUCAUCCUCGCCUUCCCGUGUGGACUGGGGCUCUUCUUCCUAUUACUAUCCUACUUCCAGACUAAUCCGUCCUUACCACCACGCAAGAAACACAGAAACAUCAGGAAGUAUCAAGCAGAGCCAUGGAGAAGGAACAACAGAAGCAAGAAGAAAAACCAGACUCUGAAAGCUUGCAGAGAUUGCCUGCAAGAACUGGAAGAGGUUCAGGACCUGUUUUCCCUUCUGCAAAGCCACCUGGCGAGGGUCUCUGACCAGGGGCACUUUCAGCUCUUACAUCGAGCGGCCCCUGGGCAGGUGCGCAGAGGAGUGCCUGCUGGAGCCCAUCAGCCAUGCAGGGAGCCUAUGGAAGAUGCUCCCACCGUGGCCCCAUCACCUUCCCCCGCUCCUCUGACGGGACACCCUCUACCUCUGGCCUCCACCCGGCCAGCAGAACCUCAAGAAGACCAAACUAACUUAAAGGAAAUCCCACUGGACACAGUCAGAAAGAGCUUACCUCCAGGUAAUUCCUAUUUGGCAUCUCUCAUUUCAACCAUCUCAGGCCUUGGCCAUGCAAUCUACCCCAUUUUAUCCUUUUCCUGGUGGUGGAAAUGUACCAAGUCCUUGUUCUUGCCUAGCUCAUUACAGCACAAGUGCCAGCAAGAACAUGUGUCCUGCCACGCACCAGAGACCUCGCUCUGGGGUGGCCUUACAAACAAGCAUAUAGAGACUCAUAACCCCUCAUUUGUCAAUCCGGAUGUCCAGAAGCUACUUGAGAUACUAAUCACUAAAAGGGUAGAACUGAAGAUUUGGAAAGAGAAAGAAAAAGGUGGGUCAGUUGUCAAACAGUGGUGCCCAGAUGACCACGUGGGCUUUCUGGGGACUAUGUGGAAGUUGCUGGGUGCUGAGCAGAACACCACCACCCCGCAAUCCUUCUGGAACAUGAAAGACAAACCAGAGCCACUGGCCAGUCCUCAGCUGUUCUCAUCCCCCAAGGUCUUGGAAGACCACUUGCAACAGAAAUGCAGCCAGCUCUUCUGGGGUCUCCCCUCCCUGCACAGUGAGUCCCUGAUGGCCACUGCCUUGGUCUCUACUCACUCUUCUCAACUACAGGUUCCCUCUGUUUUAUUCAAUGGAAUCUCUAAGUGCUUGCCAGUUCUAAUUCAGGAUCAAAUAUCUUCACAGUUUUCCCACGCCCCACCCUUGCUCCACCUUGGGAUCCAACCCCAACCCUCGAUGCUAUCCUUUCCCUGGUCCCAGGCCCCCCUUCCCCCUUCUGUCCCAGUCAGACCACCUUCUCUCCCAUCCCAGAGGAGGACCGGUGGGGUAUCUUGCCCUACAUCCCAAAAAAAGACACAAUUCAUCCCAACUGAAAUUCAACAUCUGGAAAGGUCUUUGUUGCUGAAACAACAAGAAAGGGGGAAGACUUUACCCACUAUGGUGAAAAGGUCUCCGAAAUCCUUUAGUCAAGUCCCUCCCAAGCUUCCGGAGGACAACCAGGCCUCCCAGGCCCACAGGUCAGUUUCCACUUUUCACGGGGACUUUAUCAUCUUUAAAAUCCAGAAGCAACACCUUCAAAGGAGGCUCAGCGGGAAUAAACAGCAAGGUAGCCUGCGCCACAGGAUUCAACUGUCUCUGGAACUGAUGUGCCCUCAGGAUGAAUUCCCAUGGGUGAGUCAGGCACAGAUAGAGCAGGGGCUCUCAAGGCCCUUUGUGUUUAAAGGCAAAAGCAGCCGGGUCACACAGAGGACCAGGUCCAGGUACCCUAGAAGUUCCCAUAGGAAGCGUCAAGCAAGAUUCCAACUAGAGAAGAACUUUAGUAAGGGUCUAUGGCAAUGUCUGAAGAGGACGCCAAGAGAUCUCUCCAGGGUCUCAGCCAGGUACCCAGUGAAGGUUCUAGGAACCAACUCUGAGAAGGAGUUAGUAAGACCCUUGAUAAGCACCUUGAAGAGUGACCCAGGAAAAUACUUUGCCAGGGGCCCAGAUAAGAAACAUCUAGAAAAAAUCUUAAAGGUUCAUUUGCUCAGGAAAUUGGGACAGAUCAAUCGGGGUUUGAUCCCUCUGAGUGUGCGUCGAUCCUGGUUUGUGGCCAACCAUGCUUUGCCCGAGUUUCACCCUCACACAGAAAUCAGAAACCUAGCACCCUUGAAGGAUCGGAAACCCUGCGUAAACACCUCCCAUGAGCUGUUCUUCCUUAGUCCUCACACUCGGCAGAAGCUGGAAUCACACAUCUUAAGGUUUCGGGCGAGGCGUAGGUGGGACCCCCCUCUCCAAGCCUCUAAGCCCAUGAUCUCAUCUCUAUGUGAAGCUCAACACUUGCCCUAUUCCCAGUCCCCCUUUCCCUGCUCAGGCACCUUUGUAUCUAGGGCCCACUCAAAAGCCAAGUUCUACAGGUUCUUGGGAAAACCUCCUCAGCCCCAUCCAGGAGGGGAGGGGAUAGCAGAAGAGUCUGUUCCUGCUUCAGGGGGUCCGCUGCCUUUUCCCUCACCCGCAUGUGAGGAAAUCCAACAGGGCCUGGGAGGGACCUCACCUGAUGAUGGCCAUGAGUCCUUGGAGACCUCUUUAUCAGGACAGAAGGGCGGAUCACCUUCUCAGACCUCCACACUCAGCCUCAUAAACAGAACCCUACAGAGCAAGACUGUUAUGGGGGCCAAGAAAGACAACCUGGAUCCAAGCCAAAGUUUAGCAAUGGCCAGGAAUGAGCUAAAGGAGGAGAGUGGGGGUCAUGCCUCACCAAACAAGGUAGCAAUACUAGAGAUGAACCUCUGGUCCCAAUCUCCAAGGGCUAAAGGGGCCAUGGAGGCGAUGGAGGCCGAGAAGGCCCCUGCUUGGAAAGUCAUCUUAACACCCAGCAUGCUGGCCAAUAACCAAACCAUUUAUGUGGAUCUGAGGAGAUCAGGAUCUCCAAGCACUAGUAAAAGUCCCUCACCACCUACAGAAUCGGUUGCCCAAGAUCCAAAGGAGCCAAGCCUUAAAACAAAGGCUAGUAAGUUUGAGCUCCAAGAGGAGGUAGAGUCAGGGAACCAGCCUCAAGGCCAUACCGCUGGUGUGCUUCUUCAAGAUUCUCCCAGUGACAUCCUCCUUCCAGACUUUGCCACUGGCGUGCCUGUCCAAGACUGUGACACCAGUGUGCUCCUGAAAGACCUUCACACUAAUGCCCUCCUUGCUGAAGACAUCUUGACCACUCACAAGUCACCCUGUUCCCAGAGGGAACAUGACCAUGGAGACACAUCAGCUUCCCUAGUGCCACAUGACCUUAUCCCCUGCAGUGAGGGGCAUCAGGAGUCAAGUGUACCAGAAGUUGAGGAACCACGUGAGAGCCAGAGGGAGAGUGACUCCACUAAUGAGAGAGAAGACCAGAAGAGUCCCAAACCAGAAAAGCAUGAAGAAGAGUCUGCAGAACCAAUGGGAAUCAGGGUUUCCCAAGCUAGUGGGACAAGACACCCUCCCCACGUCAGAGGAACAGGAGAGAGCCUUGGGAGCAAAUACCUCCAGCUCAUGCCAGAAAAGGGACAGAUUUUUCCAGAAAGUCACGUUAGAAAAGGGAUGAGGAACUUUCUGCAGUGCCUUAAUCGCAAUAAAAAAGGCACAGGACUGGAAGAUACCCUUCAAAAAGGCAAGGCCGCAUCAGCCCUUGCCCGGGUACCAGUCAGAAGCAAAUUGGCUAUAGACAGCAAGUCUGUUGAAGCUCAGACGAUUGUGACAGCUGUGGGACAAAUCCUGGGGGAGAAAAUGGGACUUCACCGAGGAAUUUGUGCCUCAGAGAUAAAUCAGCACAAAGAAUUGCAGGCCCCAGUAUGUGGGCAUUCCUGUUACCACAGGGUUCUCUCCUCCCCAGGCCAGGGGAGAGUGAUGAGAGAGACAGCCUUCAGUCAGCAAGCCACCCCCAUGGGUCAUAGCUGCCCUAAUAGGAACGAGUGGACCAGACACAGGAACAGCAGGUGGGAAGUCCUACCCAGGGACCUGGGGUCCCCAGGCAGAUGCAGCCAGCACAGGCCGAUGGUGGCAGCAAGGGCGGAGCAUGCUCACGGCCCUGGGGCUGUGCAGGUGGGGAGCACAGAGGCCCCUGCGCCCCAGGCGGCCCUACCCCAGGCCAGUGACGGGGCUGCUCACCAGCCACCCUUUCCCCUUCUGGGGGAUGGAGCAGGGGUGUGGCUGGGAGGCAGAGGGACACUGCACCUGGGGGGGGACUCCAGGCAGGAGGCAGAGCGACAUGGCGUGCCCCUCCCUGGUGUGACGACCGAGGACCCGCGGGGUCCCACUGCCACCUCCAGGCCCAGUGGAGAGAAGUUAGGGGGCCCCGCUCCCGGCCCGACGGCCUCCUCCGGGGGCCCACACACAUCGCUCCCGUGGGCGGGAGCCCUGCUCCGGGAGGAGCCCCGACCCGACGGCAGCAGGCACGGCCCUGCCGCGGGCCCUCAGGACCCCACGCGCGCGGGGGCACCGGGCGGCGGGGCGCAGCGGGCGCAGGCCUGCUCCGCCGCAGCUUCUCUCUGGCGCCCCGUCCUGCCCCGAGGCGCCCAGGGUGGGCCCAGCGCGGAGCCCGCGCACAGGACCCAGGGGAGGAGGGAGCAGGGCAGGGGGCGCGCGGGGCCCUCAGGAGCUCGGGGCGGGCGGCCCAAGGCCGGGUCCCUGAGCCUGGCGGCUGCUAGGUCCUCCCAGGGGCAGCAGCAGGGGGGUCGGGAGGUGGGGAACCAGACGUGCACCCCACGCUCCUGCCGGGAGAGGAGCCACGGACAGGGUGCUGGUGGAACAGCCAGAAACAGGAAGGAGCAAGGCCCUCGGCCCCUCUCCUGCCAGACGGUGCAGAGACCCCGCCAGACCCGCGCGGAGACCCCUGACAGACCCACACAGAGACCCCACACAGAGACCUCUGACAAAGAUCCACACCAAGAACUCCUACAGAGACCCACACAGAGUUCUCUCACAGAGACAUCCCACAGAGACGCACACCAAGACCCCACACAGAGGCCUCUGACAGAGACCCACACAGAGACCUACACCAAGACCUCAGAGACUCACACAGACUCUCAGUGA